UGGGAGGACCCCAGCGACAGCCUCAGCGUAGGGCUCGGUGGACGCAGCGGCAGCGGCGGUGGCGGCGCGCCGUUGCAACUGAAGGCGCCGGUUGUCUCCGGAACGCACUCUGCCGGCCACCCUCGCAGCCCUGGCUGACGGUCGUGCGGCCGGCGCCAUGUCUGUGAGCGAGAUCUUCGUGGAGCUGCAGGGCUUUUUGGCUGCCGAGCAGGACAUCCGAGAGGAAAUCCGAAAAGUUGUACAGAGUUUAGAACAAACAGCUCGAGAGAUUUUAACUCUACUGCAAGGGGUCCAUCAGGGUGCUGGGUUUCAGGACAUUCCAAAGAGGUGUUUGAAAGCUCGAGAACAUUUUGGUACAGUAAAAACACAUCUAACGUCUUUGAAGACCAAGUUUCCUGCUGAACAGUAUUACAGGUUUCACGAGCACUGGAGGUUUGUGCUGCAGCGCCUGGUCUUCUUGGCCGCCUUCGUCGUGUACUUGGAGUCCGAAACCCUCGUGACCCGAGAAGCGGUUACAGAGAUCCUUGGCAUUGAGCCUGAUCGGGAGAAGGGAUUUCACUUGGAUGUGGAAGAUUAUCUCUCAGGAGUUCUCAUUCUCGCUAGUGAACUGUCGAGGCUGUCCGUCAACAGCGUCACCGCCGGCGACUACUCGCGGCCGCUGCACAUCUCCACCUUCAUCAACGAGCUGGACUCCGGCUUCCGCCUCCUCAACCUCAAGAACGACUCCCUGCGGAAGCGCUACGACGGCCUGAAGUACGACGUGAAGAAAGUGGAGGAGGUGGUCUACGACCUCUCCAUCCGCGGCUUCAACAAGGGGGCGGCCGCCGCCUGCCUGCAGAAGUAGCGCCCGGACGCUGCCGCCUCCGGCCGGCCGCCCGGCCCCGCGCCCGCCGCGGUGCUUAGGAUGGCCCGCCGCCAAACGCCGCGCUUCACCUUCGCACCCGGCUGUGUGGUGUAUCAGACUCUCUAGGGGGUGACAGAAUAGCCUUUACAAAGACAGGUUUUUUGUUGUUGUUUUCAGUGAAUUUGCUCUGUAAUUCAGUGUACUUGAGUUUUGUCAGAAAAUGUACAUGUUGAUCUCUUGGUAAAGUUUUUUCCUUGCUUACCCUGAUGCUGUCGAUGUGCUGUUUGAGAACUUCAUUGUCUUGUUUGUGAUUCUUCCAGGAGUGAUCCUUGGUGUUUUCUAUUUCCACAUUAGCCAUCCAUAUCCAGGUGUGGCCUGGAUACAGUGUAAAAACAGAUAAUUAAACGGAUGGUUGCCAAGUGAAGGACAACUUAUUUUAUGUUUUCCUUCCUUAUUUUAAGUCUUGUGAGUAAAUCAGGUGUUGAAUUUUUUUGCAAGGCAAGUAUAGCCCCAGGGGUCUGUCUCACUGCCAUCAAAAUGUCAGAGAUUAAUCUGCAAAGACAAGUUCAGCAUGUUAUUUUGGGACAAUUUUGUAUUAAGAAUUGAGUAACAUCGUCUGGCUUUGUUUACCAGGUGGGGAGUAGGGGUAGGGUUCUAAACCACCCGUUUUCUGAUGUUGCCUUAACAUUCUGCUGUUGCAGAAUUAAACAUCUUCUCCACGUGCAUCUUAAACAUUUCAUUUGAUAUAUUUCUGAGUGUGAAACCUCUUACCUAAUAGCCAGGCAGACCUGUAGGUCUGGGAGUGUGAAGCCACUCAGUCAGUUAAUUCUCAACACCCUGUCUGGUGGUAUUCUGGGAGAAGAAUGCUGUGCUUUCGAAGAAAGAGAAAACCUUGAAUGAAAAGGCAAAAAAUAGCUGACUUGGUCAUAUUUUUAAGAGUAAGCAAUCCUCUCAGGUUGUUAAUUAUCCCAGUUUUGGGCAAGUCACAUUUAUCUUCCUGGCACAGGGCCCGUCCCAUGCAACCCCCGCACCCCAUCCCCGCAUUUUCAGGUAGUACUUGCCAUGUAACUUGCUGUUGAAUUGAAAUUAUUAAAAUGGUGACUUAAACCAGUCUCUUGGAGCUCACUGAAAGGAAGGUGCCACUGUGUCCAGAAUAAUAGGAACUACUUAGAAGUGUCACCCUCUCACGCCUAAUAUGAGUUUAGGCUUCCUUUUUGUACAGUAGGAUUUUUGGCGUGGGCAUCGGAGCUGUCAUCAGGUCACAUUAAGGACUGACCAAAUUUUCCAUCGUGAGGAACGAAGUAGAAAUGAGGCAUAAAUUGCUGUGCAUUGUUGGAUUUUAGAACAAUUUUCUUGACAGCUCUUUUCUGCAAAGACUUUGUGGGAAGAAGAAAGUUGUUGGAGUUGUAAAGUACCUAGGAUGGUCAUCUAAAAUGUUCAGUAACAGCACUGCUUGGAUUGAGUGUAAAAGGUUCUGAAUUAUGUGAUCAGACAUAUGCAGUAAGUUUGAUACUAGUUUUCUUUGCUUCUUUUAAGUAUUGAUUCUGCUUGAGAAUAGUAAAGUUCUUGGGAGAAGUUUUGGAUUUCAGUUUUCACAAACAGAUGUUGAGUGCAGGAGCACGUUCUGGUUUCAUACACCAGUGGGGGCAUCAGGUGCUGUGUGUGAUUGUUGUGUUGUGUCCGCCGCUGGCUUGUUGUAAAGCAAUAAAAACCGUUUCUCUA